ACAGAAUAUCAAGAAAACGUUAUAAUCCUUACCAAAAAAACGGUACUUUUUGAAUAGACAUCAAUGAUUAAUUAAACGCAUUUAAAUAUUAAUAAUAAGUAACAAACAAUCGAAAAUAAAUGGCAUUUCGACGAAAAACAGUUUCACAGUCAAAGUGUUAGUGCGAAAGAGAUAGAUUUAUAUCGAGUGUGGCUGAAACACAAGGAGAGAAGAUGUCGCUGGUGGCGCCUAGGAGGGUCCAACUUGAUUGGGCGCCUUCUAUAAUACCAUGGGAACAAGAGCCGACGUGCGAGAGAGACGCAUCGUUCAAGAAGGAGGCGCCGCAACAAUCUAAGAACACAGAAUCGUCGUCAUCAUCAGCGGACACUGCGUCCCAAGGAUCUGGGUCUGCUGCACCCGCACAGAAGGCACGACGACAUGAACCACAGAGGGAAGAGCGUCGCCAGGAAGCGGCUAGUGCUCCGCGAAUCCAACCAAACCCAUUAUUGAGGUCUCGAACCCUCCCGAACUUCGGAGGUCGUCAGUCGCGCGAGGCGUCCAGGUGCGACACCUCGCGGCGCGCACAUCACAUCACCAUGGCGUCCGAGGACCUGCUGCAGCCGGGCCACGUUGUCAAGGAACGAUGGAAGGUGGUAAAGAAGAUUGGUGGCGGUGGUUUCGGCGAGAUCUACGAAGGUUUGGACCUGGUGACGCAGGAGCAGGUCGCGCUGAAGGUGGAGUCAGCUCGCCAGCCCAAACAGGUGCUCAAGAUGGAAGUCGCUGUGUUGAAGAAAUUGCAAGGCAAAGAGCACGUGUGUCGCUUCAUAGGCUGCGGCCGCAACGCUCGCUUCAACUACGUGGUGAUGCAGCUACAGGGACGGAACCUCGCCGAGCUACGCAGGGCGCAGCCAAGGGGGGCCUUCUCACUCUCUACCACGCUUAGACUGGGAUUACAAAUACUCAAAGCUAUAGACUCGAUACACUCCGUGGGAUUCCUACACAGAGAUAUUAAACCAAGUAAUUUCAGCAUAGGUCGGCACCCGUCCAACUGCCGCAAGGUGUACAUGCUGGACUUCGGGCUGGCGCGCCAGUACACCACCAGCAACGGACAGGUGCGGCCGCCGAGGGCCGCCGCGGGCUUCAGAGGAACCGUCCGCUACGCAUCAAUAAACGCCCAUAAAAACAAAGAGAUGGGUAGACACGAUGAUCUAUGGUCAUUGUUCUAUAUGCUCGUAGAAUUUGUCAAUGGACAACUGCCUUGGAGAAAAAUCAAAGAUAAAGAACAGGUCGGUCUUAUGAAAGAAAAGUACGACCACCGUCUCCUCCUGAAGCACCUACCGUCAGAAUUACGCCAGUUCUUAGAACAUGUCCAACAGUUAGAGUACGCCGACUCGCCAGACUACGCCAUGUUGACGUCUCUGUUAGAACGGUGCUGCAAACGGCGCGGGAUACGGGAUACUGACCCUUAUGAUUGGGAGAAAGAUGCGGUGUCGGUGUCGCGCACCCGCGCGGCGGUGCACGCGGCGCCCGACCACGCCGCGCCGCACGACGCACCGCUCGACGGCCCGCGGCGCCGCGUGGAGCCCGAGGCCACGACGGCGGUGACGACGGAGGCCGGCGCCGCCCACAAGGACAAGCUGCCCGACAAGCGGCCGCACCCCGCCUCGCCGCGCCACCAGCCGCACCAUCUCAACGGAUAUUCGACGACUGACAAGCCCACGACAACGGACAAGGAGGCGGAACCUAGAACUACACCAGCGCCCUCUCCCGAUAGACAUGCCAAGCAACAAGAGACGAGUACGUCUGCAGUGACGGGCACGACGACCCGGCCCGAGCGACAGAGCGUGCCGCCUUGUAAACCUAGACCUCCGGCUCCAGGUGGAGGUCCAACCCUGGCCCGUCUCCGCGUGGUGACGGCGCCGCCUACUUGUGUACAAGAACUCGCUGCGGCGUCACCUGCUACUCCGGGUGAAGCUGUAAGUCCUAGGAUAAUAGCAGCUGACGUGGACAGUGUACACUCAGACACACAUUUCAAGAGAGGAGCGCGUCGUACAGCCCGCGCCCGCGCCGACCAGAGCUACACGCAGUUCGCCGUCAUGGACGACGAGAAUGUGUCCGCUUUGCAACAGGUCACAAAAGGUGGAGCCCUAACACUAGUAUCUCUAUGGAAGUCUCAAUUCGACGACUCUGAGGAGACCACAGACAACGAAUGGAAACAGGAACAGUUACAGUCCCCGGAGCGCGCGCGCACGUCGGGCGUGUCGUCGUGCUCGCACCGACAGCCCACGCAGCCCAGCACGCACUCCACACAACACACCGUGCAGCAUCUGCUCGUGCACCAGGCCGCCCAACAACCAGAGAAGACCUCACCUCCCGGCCCCGUGGUACCCCCAGCCCCAAUAGCGCCGGCACCCCCAGCACCCCCUCAAAAUCGUCCCCCGGAGCCCACCAGACAAAACAGCGAACCUUCGCGGCGUCCUACGGAAAAUCGGAAGAAAGUACAUUGUCUUUAUAUACCGGGAAUCGAUGCUUAUCCGAAGUUGCAGCCCAGUUUACCUAGAUGCUGGUCAUUGCCUGCUAUUGGGUGCCGCGUCCGCUCGCUGCGCGCGCCGCUGCUGCAGCAGGCGUCGUUCGACGGCAGCGCGGGGUCGGUGCGGUACCGCCUCGACGUCAUGCGCGGCGUGGCGGCGCGGGACCUGCGCGCGCCCGACGCGCCGCCGCCGCCGCGCGCGCUCAGCGCCCCCAGUCUAUCCAGUUCAUCAAGCAGCGCUGUCCCCCCAAAGCCAGCUCCUGAAGCCGAGGGUCCAACUGUCUCCAGCAGGCUGGAGAUCAGGGUGCGACCGCCAGACUCCACCUCGCCGGGACACUCCGGUACGUGCGUGAAGAUUCAGUCUGUAGUGAGCGGAGAGACGCGGCCGAACCACGACGAGGCGUCGGUCUACUACGACGCCACGGAACAUCAUCGGGACAAACGGUCAUCGACGCGGAGCGGGGAGAAGAGUCAGAGUCCAGCUGUGGAGAGGACACGGUUAGACGCUAUACCGGACAGGAGUAUAAUAGCAAUUAAUAAAAAGGAAGCUUCAAGCGCCGCCGGGGACGGAUCGCAGAGUUUAAGAGAUCGGUCCACGGGCAGCGCGUCCACGUCCCGCAUCCCGGUGGCGUGCGCGGAGCAGCGCCUGGCCAAGUGCGCCAGCUGGAGCGGCGACGGCCCGCUGCACCCGCUGCAGCCCGACGUCGCCGACCUCACGCCCGCGCUCCGGCGGCGUCGUCAGAAUGCAAACGAUAAAUACGCCGUAGACCCGGCCCGGGAAUUGAACCUACGGUUCGCGAGGCCGCGACACCGACAGCCGCCGCAUCAUCAUUCUAGAGCGGCCCCCGGCAGCCGCAGCGCGUCCCGCGGCGUGCCGGCGCUGCUGCUGUCGUCCCCGCCGGCCUCCGGGGGCUCCUCGUCCUCCGGCUCCCCGCCCCCCGCGCCCGCCGGGCCCCCGGGGGCCCCGCCGCCGCAUAACGCAGCCCGCGCGAGACGCUUCAGACCGCUAUCCAUCGCGCCUUAAUUCAUAUCAUAAGAGCUAGUCGUAUUCUACACUGCACUUGUGUAGGCGUAUUGUGAGCGUAUUGCAACCGUAUCAGCAAGCUUAACGUCACCGUAUCAUGUGAUAUUUUACGUAUGUUAUACAGCGGCGCUACGGUACGGCGGCGUGUCGUCAGCGUAUUGUUCAUAGUCCUUUAAAAUGUUAAAAUUAUGUUCAAACGCACUCUUUAAAAUUAAGCGUAUUAUAUGACUUGUCAAUGUGAUAGUGAAGCGUAACGAUACGUCUGUGAUACGACGGCGUAUAAGCUUGUAAAGUUUAUAAAAUUGGGUAGUUUUAUCAGUCAAAAAAAAAAAAAUAAAACGAAAUUGUUUCGAAAAUUUGCCAAUUUCCAAUUGGUUGCCGGGUACCCGACGGUGCAGUGUAUGGCCAUGUACUGGUUUCGCUCGUACCGACGGAAUUUGUACCCGGCACCGGCUAUCCGGCAACCGAUACGUGUGAAAAGUCACUCACUGAUUCAUUUAUUGAUUGCACACAAAUAAAUAUGCUAUUUGACGUUAAAAUACAAUAAAUACAGAAUCCCGUACAAAAUUCGUAAAGAACUAUCGUUUUUGACCUUUCGAAAUAUUAUUUUUUGUCGUAUAUAAAUACCCAAUUGUAAACUAUUGCCAUACCUACUUAUUAUAUAAUGUAAAGGGUCUAUUUUAUUUGUGAAAUGGUUUUUUCAGAAUAAAUAACUGAAUCGAUAUCAAUGAAUCUGAAACGUGAACUUGUCACAUAAAAAAUUACCCAACUUCGCAUGGCGCAGUUCGGUAAAAAAUAUUUUACCGUCACCGUAAAAAAGCCCCUAUAACAAAAAGUGCAUGUGUAGAAAAAUGAUCGUUAUUACUCAUAAGAUCGUAUAGCCUUUAAGGGCGAUUAUUGCAUUUCUUCAAUCACGCCUUAAAAUCGAGUCCUGUACUUUAAUUUUUAUAUGAUUAAUGAGAAAAAAAUUAUGUUUUAUUUUGUACAUAUUGGAUUGAGCAUAGUUUUACGUGGAUUUAUGGUGCGUUUUUUUAUAUUUCUGAGUUUUAUUCUCUAUGCUAGCUGUGGUAAUUCUUGGUAUCUUUUUUAUAUAAAUCUAGCUAUUUUAAAUGCGCAUUAUAAGUGUUUCUUUUUAAGCAACUUAAAGGAAUAUCACAGCUUGCUACACGCAGUAGUUACAGCUGUGUACAGUCUGUCAUUGAAUUGAUUAUAUCAAAAAAAGAUACCAAAUUUUAAACACAACAGUGCAUUGAAAACCAAAAUGUUAACAAUCCUGAAUGUAUCUUUAAUUCCAAAUGGUUAAAGUUGAAUUUGCAUUGAUAUCGAUAUGAGAGCAUUUUUGCCAAGCGAUAAAAAACUUUACGCUAUGGAGUUAAGAUAGAUUUAGUUUGUAGAUAUUUUGGUUUCUGUUGUACAUUAUUUUCUUUUGUAUUCGUACCUACUUUAUUGUCAAAUUGUAUUAUAGUGCAAGAUAUUUGAGCGGUAAAGUCAACUUUGCUUUUAAACGAUUAUUUAAUAUGACAUGUUUUAAAAAUUGUGUUGAUUGUAUUGUGUCGAGUCUCAAAUAUUUUAUUGUAUUGUAUUUUUUUAUAUGGUGAUAUGAAAGGUUAUAUUCAAGUGUUACUCUUUUUAUAAUAACUAUCGUGAGACAUACUCAAUUUACUGAAAUCACGGGUUACUCACGUGAAUAUAAUAGUUAGA